AUGGGUCCCUUCCCGUCGCAAACAUUUCCCUUCCCGUCGCCCUCAUUUCCCUUCCCGUCGCCCUCAUUUCCCUUCCCGUCGCCCUCAUCUCCCUCAAGUCAUCCCUCCCCCUCAACCGCCCUUCCUCUCAUCAACCCAUCCCCUCAUCCUCCCUUCCUCUUAUCUGCCCUUCCUCUCAUCCUCUCGCCCUCUCAUCCGCCCUUCCUCACGUCCUCCCAUCCUCUCAUCCUCCCUUCCUCUCAUCCUCCCUUCCUCUUAUCCGCCCUUCCUCUCAUCCUCCUUUCCUCUCAUCCUCCCUUCCUCUCAUCCUCCCUUCCUCUUAUCCGCCCUUCCACUCAUCCUCCUUUCUUCUCAUCCUCCCUUCCUCUCAUCCGCCCUUCUCUCAUCCUCUCACCCUCCCAUCCUUUCUCCCUCUCUUUCGCGCCUUCCUCUCGUCCUCCCUCCCCGUCUUCCGCCCUCCCCCUCAUCCGCCCUUCCGCUCCUCCGCCCUUCCUCUCAUCCGCCCUUCUCUCUCAUCCUCUCUCCUUCUCGUCCUCUCUCCCUCUCAUCCGCCCUUCCUCUCGUCCUCCCUUCCUCUCGUCCUCCCUCCCCUUAUUCCGCCCUCCCCAUCAUCCGCCCUCCCUCUCAUCCUCCCUUCCUCUCAUCCGCCCUCCCUAUCAUCCACCCAUCCUCUCAUCCUCCCUUCCUCUCAUCCUCCCUUCCUCUUAUCCGCCCUUCCUCUCAUCCUCCUUUCCUCUCAUCCUCCCUUCCUCUCAUCCUCCCUUCCUCUUAUCCGCCCUUCCACUCAUCCUCCUUUCUUCUCAUCCUCCCUUCCUCUCAUCCGCCCUUCUCUCAUCCUCUCACCCUCCCAUCCUUUCUCCCUCUCUUUCGCGCCUUCCUCUCGUCCUUCCUUCCUCUCGUCCUCCCUCCCCGUCUUCCGCCCUCCCCCUCAUCCUCCCUUCCUCUCAUCCGCCCUUCCUCUCAUCCGCCCUUCUCUCUCAUCCUCUCUCCUUCUCAUCCUCUCUCCCUCUCAUCCGCCCUUCCUCUCGUCCUCCCUUCCUCUCGUCCUCCCUCCCAUUCUUCCGCCCUCCCCCUCAUCCUCCUUUCCUCUCAUUCUCCCUUCCUCUCAUCCUCCCUUCUCUCAUCCUCUCUCCCUCUCAUCCUCUCGCCCUCUCAUCCGCCCUUCCUCUCGUCCUCCCUUCCUCUCGUCCUCCCUCCCAUUCUUCCGCCCUCCCCCUCAUCCGCCCUCCCUCUCAUCCACCCUUCCUCUCGUCCACCCUUCCUCUCGUCCUCCCUCCCCCUCAUCCGCCCUUCCUCUCAUCCUCACUUCAUCUCAUCCUCCCUUCCUCUUAUCCGCCCUUCCUCUCAUCCUCCUUUCCUCUCAUCCUCCCUUCCUCUCUUCCGCCCUUCCUCUCAUCCGCCCUUCCUCUCAUCCGCCCUUUCUCUCAUCCACCCUUCCUCUCGUCCACCCUUCCUCUCGUCCUCCCUCCCCCUCAUCCGCCCUUCCUCUCUUCCUCCCUUCAUCUCAUCCUCCCUUCCUCUUAUCCGCCCUUCCUCUCAUCCACCCUUCCUCUCAUCCGCCCUUCCUCUUAUCCGCCCUCCCUCUCAUCCUCCUUCCUCUCAUCCUCCCAUCCACUCAUCCUCCCUUCUCUCAUCCUCUCUCCCUCUCAUCCUCUGUCCCUCUCAUCCGCCCUUCCUCUCGUCCUCCCUUCCUCUCGUCCUCCCUCCCAUUCUUCCGCCCUCCCCCUCAUCCGCCCUCCCUCUCAUCCACCCUUCCUCUCGUCCACCCUUCCUCUCGUCCUCCAUCCCCCUCAUCCGCCCUUCCUCUCAUCCUCACUUCAUCUCAUCCUCCUUUCCUCUUAUCCUCCCUUCCUCUCAUCCUCCCUUCUCUCAUCCUCUCUCCCUCUCAUCCUCUCGCCCUCUCAUCCGCCCUUCCUCUCGUCCUCCCUUCCUCUUGUCCUCCCUCCCAUUCUUCCGCCCUCCCCCUCAUCUGCCCUCCCUCUCAUCCACCCUUCCUCUCGUCCACCCUUCCUCUCGUCCUCCCUCCCCCUCAUCCGCCCUUCCUCUCAUCCUCACUUCAUCUCAUCCUCCCUUCCUCUUAUCCGCCCUUCCUCUCAUCCUCCUUUCCUCUCAUCCUCCCUUCCUCUCAUCCUCCUUUCCUCUCAUCCUCCUUUCCUCUCAUCCGCCUUUCCUCUCAUCCUCCUUUCCUCUCAUCCGCGCAAGGUUGGCGAUCGAAGAGCAUUGGAGGUGAGGAGAGAGGGGCACGCGCGGGGAGGCGAGAGGAGCACGCAGGGUGAGGAGUGA